AUGGUUCUGUCUCUCUUCAAAAAUAGUCUUGGCAGUUUGGCCAUUUAUCACCUUUCUGGGCGACGAAUGCUUCCCCGUCGAGAAGAAGACCCUACAUACGUCAUUCCUCGGAAAUAUUCGAAAGUUUCCGAUGAAAGUUCAAUAUCAAAUCAACUGGUCCUGCUGGAACAGUUUAUAGUUGUUGAAUGGGAAGGACCAUCUGACCCUGACAAUCCUAAAAAUUGGUCAAAGGCUGACAAGUUUUUGGUUUCUGCCCAAGUGGCUUUCUUGACCAUGACUUCAGUCAUGGGCUCGUCACUUUACAGCCCUUCAAUUGCGUUUUUGAUGGAAGAUUUGAACACAUCUCAUACCUUGGCAGAAUUACCAUUGGCACUUUACGUCAUUGGUUUUGCUGUGGGACCUAUGGUACUAGCUCCAAUGUCAGAAAACCCCAGUAUAGGAAGAGCACCCAUAUUCAUUGUGUCCCAUUUCAUUUAUUUCAUUCUACAGAUUCCCCAAUCUUGGGGUGCUGGAACUCGCUCGUUUCCGGCGUUAGCAGUGCUACGAUUUUUUACCGGAGUACUGGCUAGUCCUGCGCUAGCGGUAGGCAGCGCCACAUGUGGAGAUAUCAUGAAACUUCCUUACUUGCCUAUGGCUAUUGUAGCAUGGAGUGCCGCUUCUAUCGCGGGACCUUGUAUUGGACCGGUUAUAGGCGCUGCUUUAACUGAUGCUUCACAAUCUUGGGAAUGGUGCUUCAGAUUUCAAGCUAUAGUUGGUAUGGUAAGCUUUGUUGUUUGCAGCUUCUUUUUGCCAGAAACUUAUGCCCCUACUAUUAUGCACCGCAAAGCUCAACGACUUCGUGCCGUCACUGGAAACAAAAAUCUUGUCACUCAAUAUGAACUCGACCAUCCUCCAACAAGUUUCGUUCAGGCAGCAAAAACUACACUCUGGCGUCCCAUCAUCCUUUCGAUCUCUGAGCCAAUGGUGUUACUAAUCAACUUGUACACCUCGCUUUUGUAUACUAUAAUGUUCUUGUGGUUCACUGCAUUUCCCCUUGUUUUUGAGAACUUGUAUCACUUCACAUUGGUUGAGUUGGGAACUUCAUAUUUGGGAGUCUUGGUUGGCGUUCUUCUGGGUGCUACCAUCUUCAUAGUUAUCAUUUACCAUGUCUACACCAAGAGACAUUUGGGUGAGAAGAAAGCAACAAUAACUCCAGAAGUGUUCAUGCCAGCGGCAAUAUAUGGCAGUAUCUGGAUUCCCACGGGAGUUUUCAUAUUUGCUUGGACAUCAAAGAAAUCUGUUCAUUGGAUGGUUCCCAUAAUUGGAGGAUUUAUUUUCUCUCAUGGAACAUUCAUUGUGUUUCAGACCCUUUUCAACUACCUAGCAACCUCUUUUCCUCGUUAUGUAGCCUCAGCGUUUGCAAGCAAUGCCUUAUCGAGAAGCUUGAUGGCUGGGGUUGCUCCUCUCUUUGGAACAUUUAUGUUCGAUAACCUCAGGACUGCCAAUUUUCCAGUUGGUUGGGGUGCUUCAAUUCUAGGGUUUCUCACGGCAGCGAUGAUAUGCAUUCCUAUUUUAUUUUACAUUAAUGGACCAAAACUAAGAGGCAGAUCCAAAUUCGCAGGUUUCUGA